AUGGAGCGCAGCGCAGCGCCCGUCUGGCGGCUCCGCGCCACCGGCGGCCACCGCGACCGCCGCCACCCGGCUCCGCGGGACGACACCGACCGCGACACGGGCGGGAGGAAGCCGGGCGGGCCGCGGCGGCGGCGGCUGAUGGCGCUGCCCGAGGCGCGGGGGGCGCCGGUGGUGCUGCUGUACCUGCUGGGGCUGCGGGCGCUGGUGCAGCUCUCGCACCGGCAGCUGCUGAGCCAGCCGAGCCCCGCCGGGACCCGCCACUUCAGCGCCCCCCGAGCCAGGGGAUAUCUUGACAACAUAACAGCAAUUGGGCCCAGAACAGUUGGAAGUCCAGAAAAUGAAGUUCUUGCAGUUAACUACCUCUUAAAACAAAUUAGGGCAAUAGAAAGAGAAAGCACAGAUGCUCACAAGAUAUCUGUAGACAUACAGAGGCCCACAGGCUCCUUCAGCAUUGACUUUUUAGGAGGCUUUACUAGUUACUAUGCAAACAUAACCAAUGUAGUAGUGAAGCUGGAACCCCGAAAUGGAGCUGAGCAUGCAGUGUUAUCCAAUUGUCACUUUGAUUCCGUACCAAAUAGCCCGGGUGCCAGCGAUGAUGCCGUUAGCUGUGCAGUGAUGCUUGAAAUACUUAACACACUUUCAAAAUCAUCAGAGCCCCUGCAGCAUGCUGUCAUAUUUUUAUUUAAUGGUGCAGAAGAAAAUAUUUUACAGGCAAGUCAUGGCUUCAUUACACAACAUGAGUGGGCCAAGUCAAUUAGAGCUUUUAUUAACCUGGAGGCAGCAGGUGUAGGAGGAAAAGAACUUGUUUUUCAAACAGGACCUGAGAAUCCCUGGCUGGUACAAGCAUACGUAAUUGCAGCCAAACAUCCCUUUGCCUCUGUGGUGGCACAAGAAAUAUUUCAGAGUGGUAUUAUCCCAGCAGAUACAGACUUCCGUAUCUACAGGGACUUUGGCAAUGUUCCAGGGAUAGAUUUGGCUUUUAUAGAAAACGGCUACAUUUAUCAUACAAAAUAUGACACAUCAGACAGAAUUUCAACAGAUUCCAUUCAGAGAGCAGGUGACAAUAUUCUAGCUGUCCUAGAAUACUUAGCAACAUCUGAUAAGCUGGCAAAAUCUUCUGAGUAUCGACAUGGAAACGUUGUGUUCUUUGAUGUACUUGGUUUAUUUGUCCUUGCAUAUCCUGCUCGUGUUGGUACGAUCAUGAACUUUAUUACAGCAGCAAUUGCUUUUCUUUAUUUAAGCAAGAAAGUAUUACAGCCCAAAACAAGAGCUAUUAAUAACCUGAAGAAGUGCUUUACUGCAUUUGGCUUAACACUGCUGAGCUGGGUCUGCACACUGGUGGCAGUCCUUGUUGUGGCAGUGUUUGUGUCUGUCAUCGGGCGGGCGCUUUCCUGGUACACCCAUUUCUAUGUUUCUGUCUUUCUGUAUGGAACUGCAGCUGCAGCCAGCAUCAUUCUUGUGCAUAUGCUAGCCAAGAAGUUCUUCUACAAGAAUAUGAAUGAGCAGUACCUGGGAGAUAUUUUUUUUGAUGCCUCAUUAAUGAUUUGGUCGAUAGCUUUGGCUGUGAUGACUCAAUUGGGCAUUUGCUCAGCAUUCAUUUGUACAUUCUGGGUAGCAUUUCCUUUACUCACUAAGCUGAUGAUCCAUAAGGAAUUCAGCCAAAAAGGUGCCACAAUGAAGUUUGUCAUGAUGUACCUGCUGGGAAUGUUUGCUCCCUAUCUGUAUAUGAUGUAUCUUAGUUGGACUGUAUUUGAAAUGUUUACACCUAUCAUGGGACGAAGUGGUUCAGAAAUUCCUCCAGAUGUGGUGUUGGCAGGAUUUAUUGUUGUCAUCACUAUGAUUCUGUCAUCAUAUUUUAUUAACUUCAUUUACCUUCUCAAAAGUACAAAAACGACCCUUAUAACUUUAAGCACUGUGUUUGUGGUCACUCUGAUUCUCGUUUGUAGUGGAAUCUUCUUUCCUUACAGUUCUGAUGUGGCCAAUCCAAAGCCUAAACGCAUCUUCCUGCAGCACACAAGCAGAAGGUUUCACGAUCUAGAUGGAAAUGUGAUUAAAAGUGACUCUGGCAUAUGGAUUAAUGGAUUUGAUUAUAAUGGAAUAUCUCACGUAACUCCCCAUGUACCUGAAAUCAACGACACCAUUAGAACUCCAUGUGAGGAGCAGGCCCCUUUCUGUGGCCUUCCUUGGAUUCUGCCAGUGCACUUCAUGUUCCGAAAAAACUGGUAUCUUCCAGCUCCAGAAAUUUUUCCAAGAAGUCCCAUUCACUUUCGACUUCUGUCCAAGGAGCUGAUGCCUUGGAACUCUGUGAGGUUAAGCUUUGAAGUAUCUGGCCCAAGUCACAUUUCUCUCUACAUUCGGCCACAUAAAGGGUCAGCUCUGUCCACCUGGUCCCUUGGGGAUGGUGUCCCAGUUGCUAGCUUAGGAGGAGACUACUUUGUGUUUUACUCCCACGGGCUGCAAGCUGCACCCUGGCACUUCUGGGUGGAACUGACAGCCCCAGAAAAGCAUUCUGAUGGAAUAGUCUCCCUGGCUGUAGCAGCCCACUACUUUUUUGGGGAAGAUCAAAAGUCACCUGAACUCAUUGCCUUACUGGAGAGGUUUCCAAACUGGAUGUUUUCUUCUGGUUGGUCCUGCACUUACGACCUGUUUGUCUUUUAAUGUUGACAGUAAACCAGUGCUAAUGGGGCAAUCUCUCUGAUGCAGGAUGCUGUUGUAGCAAACACAUCCAAAGGAGAUUCCAGAGACCUUUACAAGAAUGUAAAGUACUUUGGCAACAAAUGAUGUUUCUUUGGCAGUUUGACUAUUGAAGACUACUGUUCUCUUGGGGAUAUAGUGAUACUUUGUGUUCAUGUGUACAAAGUUCGCCUUGGUCCUUCCACUGAAAUGGCAGGCUGACUAGUGGGUUUCUUAAAACAAAACCUCCCAUUUUGGAGGUAACAUUAGCAUAACAAGAUGGUAAUUUUAACAAAAGGGCCUCAUGAAAUUAUUCUGAUGUUAUGUAAAAUAUAACUGCACUUCAUGCACAUAUGGGGACUGCCACCCCCCAACCCUAUCUAUCCGUCCUGUUAAAGUGAGGUCUUCAGCUGAAAGCUGUUUGUUUACAUGGUGGGGGGGCAGAGGUGGCGUAGUCCUAAGCAUUACUUUUGUAAUGAAAAUAGCACUAAAAGCUGUGAUGCUUGUGUAGGUUGCAUUACCAGCCCUUGGUAAGUUUGACCAAAUUAUCUUCCUGCAGUUUUUGUUCUAGUUGGGAUCUUUCAGUAUCUGCAUUAUAAGCAUGGGACUUGUAUGUAAGGGUGCUGAGUUCUCACUCCUUGGCAUGGAUGUUUUAGAAUUAAUCUACUCCAAAUUUCAAGUUUUAGAAUUAAUCUACUCCAAAUUUCAAGUUCUCUUCUAAUUUAUGAGAAUUGGUGAGUUUUUUGUAUCUCCUCUGGAGAGACUUAGGGUAUUGCAGACAGUAUUGCACUUUGCUAAUACAUUUAACUGCUUUUUAAAACACAGUUUGCUUUCCAGAAGGAAAAAUUCUAAGAAGUUAUCUUCAAAAAAAUGUAGAGUAUCUCUGGAUCGCUCUUGUUUUAUUUAUAUAGGAUGUUUUUCAUAAAUGACUGUGAGUGAUCUAGAAUAUCUUCCAGUUUUAAUUGACAAGCUUUGAGGUCAGAAGCCUCUUUUUUAUAGUCCCCCCCUUUUUUUUUCAGUGCAGUGAAACAGUUAAUCUUAGUUUCUGAAAUUCAAAUUAUUCUUUGUGCCUGAAGAAACCUCUUCAUACUUUUUUCCAAACUAUAUAAACCAUUCUGUGGCAUCAGUAUCAUGCUACAAAUUGUACAGAUUAAUAUUUUUUUCAUCUCAUGAGUACUGCUAAAUUGCGUGCAAAGGAGAUUUUAUGAAUGCAUCAUCAUUUCAAGUAAAAACAUGCUAGUACUGGGAAGUUUGCAGAGCAUCUGAAAGAAAAUCUUGUGACUCCAUAAUUUGUGUGAGCUGCCAUGAACAGCAGCUCCCUGAUCAGGCAUUUUUUCUCCAAAAUGUUCUGUAGUUGUGUACAGUAGUGGAAAGAACCAGUUUUAUUUGAUGCAAAGAUUUGCAAAGACUGUUAACUGAUUUGUGCAUGAGGGUAUGAGGUUUAAUUACUGUAAUUACUGAACUGGCCAUCAGUAUCUUUAAUGUCAUGAGUCUUUCUCCAUUAACUUGCAUUAAAUGUCACUCGAUUGUAUCCGCUCUGAAACUCCAAACCCUGUAUUAUGCAUCUACAGUUUUUUCUAAUAAGUACUGUUUAUGAUUUUUAAAAUGUUUCAGCUCGUAACUUGUGUCUUGAAUCUCAAUAAAUGUUUUGUACUGUAUUCUAGCUGAUGCAUAGCUAGUUAACUAAAGCUGCACUGAUACUUACCAUCUUCUUCAGUUUUGAUUGUUAUCUAGUGUUUUGCCUCCAAUUUAAAGCUUUGGAAAAAGUGCUUUGUGAAGAAAUGUUACUGGAAGCCAAAAAUAUAAAAAUACCUAUUAGGAAUUUCUGCAACUUCAGUGAAGCAAUAAUUUUUGCUAUCUCAGGAUUUAACCUUUAUGAAAUAAUUUAAUUAUGAGGGAUGUCUAGUUCAUUGU